AUGCGCAUGCGCAAUCGCAAUGGGAUGAUGGCGGAAGCUAGUACACCCCGCAAAACUGCGAAGAUUGCAGCUUGGAAAAAGCUCCACGAUACCGUUCAGGAUGCCAAUACGUUGAGGCAAGAGGCUGUUAGCGCUCAGCAUGAUCACUUGAUUACAGAAAUUGAGACCUCAGACGGACCCCUGGCCACAACUCUGAGAGCUGUUUAUGAUGGCGACGAAUUGGGCAAGUUCCAGGAGACUUUGGAUACUCGAAUCAAGAGUCAUGACCGUGAGAUUGAGCGAAUGUGCAACUACCACUAUCAGGGGUUUAUUGACUCGAUCAGAGAACUACAGCAAGUCAGUGGUGAUGCUGCCAAGCUGAAGGAUGAGAUCAGUGGUGUGGAUAGUGAGCUUCAAAAGUCAUGUGACCCCCUCCUGGCUAAAGGUGAUGAGCUGGUCAAGAGCCGCAAGAUUCAAAAGAAUAUCACAGCUGCCAUAGAAAAUCUCUCCAUGUGCCUGCCAGUGCUGGAACUGUAUGGCAAGCUUCAAGAACAGAUGAAAAACAGAAGGUUCUACCCUGCCCUGAAGACCUUGGAACAGCUGGAGCACACCUACCUUCCCCGAGUCAUCAGCCACUGGUUCUCACAGACCAUGUCAGAAGCCAUUCCCAAGCUGAGGGAGAAAAUAAAGGAGGCAUCCAUGUCCGAGCUCAAGGACUUCCUGGAGAGCAUCCGGAAACACUCAGAGAAAAUAGGAGAAGUGGCAAUGACACAUGCAGCUGAGCAAAACAACAUGGAUCCAACAAUAGUGAAGAAGAAGCUGAAGAAGCGGCGAGCACCGCCGCCACCUAACCCAUUUUCUGGAGAAGUGGAAGCUAUGCCUGAGGUUGUGAGAGAAGACUCAUUGGAGGGAGAAGAGGAAUUGAGUGCUCAAGAUCUCGUGGAUUUCUCACCAGUUUACCGUUGUCUACAUAUUUAUUCUGUCCUGGGUGAUAAGGAGAAGUUUGAGACCUAUUACCGACAACAGAGAUGGAAGCAAGCCAGACUGUCCCUCCAACCACCAGCAGCCAUGCAUGAAAGUGCAGAUGCUUACCGAAAAUAUUUCCAUGAUAUUGUAGGGUUUUUUGUUGUGGAAGAUCACAUUUUACACACGUCCCAAGGUCUGGUGAACAGAGCAUAUAUGGAUGAGUUGUGGGAGAAAGCUGUAGAGAAGAUUGUAGCAACCCUUAGAUCAACUGCUGAGAGGAGCAUCGCUUUUUGUAAACAGGAGAAAUCUUGUAAAGUAUCCAACUUAAUGCUGGAAAUAAAGAAACUCAUAGUGUUAUUCUGCCAUACACUCAAGGGUUACGGUUUUAGCGUUGGAAGACUGUUGGAGCUGUUGCUAGAGAUGAGGGACCGAUACAGUGAGAUCUUGUCGGAGCAGUGGGUGGACAUCUUCAACGACAUCUUCAAGGAAGACAACUACACCCCCAUCUGCUGCGCUGACGAGGAGGAGUUUAGCCUCAUCAUGUCACAGUUGCCGUUGAAUGAUGAUGAGCUUCAGCAGUCACCAUACCCCAAAGUCCUUCCCUACUCCAUGUUUGUGCCCAGUAUAUACAAUCAAGUCAAAGAAUACAUCAAUGCCUGUUUGAAGUUUUCUGCUGAUCUUCAUUUGAGUCACACCGAGAUAGAUGACAUGAUCAGAAAGUCUGCCAAUCAGCUGCUCACAAAGACCCUUGGUAACUGUCUGUCCAACCUUAUCAAAACACCAAGACUUAGCUUAAUACAGUUAAUCCAGAUCUCUAUCAACAUGAACUAUCUGGAGCGAUCAUGUGAACACCUCGAGGAGUACAUCUCCAGUAUCACUGGUGCUGAAAAAGAUAGCGUCCAUAUUGCCAGGUUACAUGGGACCUCUAUGUUCAAGGAUGCGCGGAAUGAUGCCGAGCAGCAUAUAUACCAGCAGCUGAAUCUGAAAAUAGAUGAGUUCUUAGAACUAGCUAAUUACAACUGGAUGCUGGCUGAAUCUUCAGGCCAUGCUAGUGGUUAUCUCAUGGAUCUUGUGGCCUUCCUGCAGAGUACAUUCAUGUCCUUCACAAACCUACCUGAGAAGGUGGCGAAGACGGCGUGUAUGUCAGCCUGUCAACACAUUGCCUGCACCAUGAUGGGCUUCCUGUUGGAUAACGACAUCCGACAACUCACCCUUGGCUCGCUCCAGCAGUUUAACCUGGAUCUUAUGCAGUGUGAACAAUUUGCAGCCUCAGAGCCAGUCCCUGGUUCUAAUGAUGGCACUCUACAAAUGGCCUUUGCUGAUCUUCGGCAGCUUUUAGAUCUGUUUUUGAACUGGGACUGGUCUCUGUACCUGGCUGACUAUGGCAAGCAGCAGUCAAAGUACCUUCGCGUCCAGCGACACGUUGCAAUCAGCUUGCUGGAAAAGCUGAAUAAUGCUGACAAGAAAAAGAACAACUUAUUUGCAUCACUGAAGAGGAACGAGCGAGACAAGAAGAAGCUGGUAGAGACAGUACUGAAACAGCUGAAAGGUCUUGAGAACGGCACUGCACCUCAGGUCUAGUCGAUGUGGUGCAUGUGUUCGAGGAUGCGUCUGAUGGUGACAGAGACACCUGUGUGAGAUACCCGUCCUCGUUGCAGGGUUUACCAGAGUACAUUGAUAAAGGUUUGAGGAUGUCAGGAGCCUCCUUGUAGAUGGCAUCUGAAGGGCAUUCUAAAGGGUUCAAUGGCUUGAGGAGCACAUGAUCAAGACACCCUGGUUGUUUUGUUGAAUCUUAAUAUUGUGAUCAUUGACACUCCUGGGAUAACUGCCAGUGCAGUUUCACCAACAGAUGUAGACACACUGGUCCAGCAGCCUCGAGACGUGUGAAAAUCUUGAAGGAACACCUUUUAAUGUAAACCAGUAAUGUGAUUUGAGCUGGGGACUAAUUGGAUUUGAUUAUGCGUCUCCAACAUUAUCCGAAGCAGUCAGUCAAGCACCACAAGGAUCAUCUAAAACCAGUCCAUCAUUGUCCAGAGGUAUGUUGUGACCCAGCAAUAGGGAUGACAGUUGUCACUCAUUAGUUCCAGGAAUAUUAAUUAGAGCAAUGCUGAGAUGGAAAGACCAGGUAAUUGCAGAAAUGUUUCAAAUAAAUGCCAGACGUGUGAUGCUGGUACAUGCCCAGCAUGUGGAUCUACUGAACUCUGUUUUAAGGCUGCGAUCAAGUAAUGUGUGAUGGAGUCACUGGUGCUGAAAGGCAGGAUCUUGGGACAGCUUUCUCAAGGUGUGCUAUGAACUCGAGAUUCAUUCCCACAACUCAAAGUGCCAUGCUGUGAUCAAACUUUCUCAUCAAGUCUUUCAUAAUUUCCCUGAUGCACGUGGAGUGUGUCUUACCCGCCAGAACACACCUGUUUGAGUCCGAGAUUUCAGUGUACAGCAUGGAACCUAUUUCACCCAUAAAGGAUGGGCUUUUCGAGAGCCAAAAUGGGUUUUCUUUGUUCUGCAAUCUAAGUCAUGAAGUCGCUCACAAGCUGUGUGGAUGCAUGCCUGCACAAUAUUUCCAACAAAUUUGCUUAUGAAGCUUGAAGAUUCGUAGAUUAGAACAGUGCUUUGAAUAUGGGAAUUGCCACUACACCAUCAAACCAUGUUGUUUUCUUGGAGACUGUAAAAUGUAACUUUAUUUAUGGCCGAUUUCAGGAGGUGAAAUAUCUCUGAAUUGGUCACCUAUGACCAGCAGUUAUUUCUCUUCUAGAAUAGCUUUGUGCAAUAUUGAAGAAGUAUUUAAGUCUGCUUACCUAGGUACAAGAAUCUGGUACUGAGACAAUUUGAAGGAGACCUCCUUCUUCUCUGACAUUGGCUGUUGCAGAUCAUGAACAUGAUAUAUUUCAACAUUUUUUACAGCCUGUCGUAGAGUUCCUUGAGUGUGUUUGCCCAUUUAUGACUUUUAUCAUUAUUUUCAGUUGCGUCUUCAACACAGCUAUACUAUUCACACUUUGCUAAGGAUCAAAUCAUGGAUUCAACAGAAAACUAUGAUGUGGGGUCAAAUUUGGUUUAAAUAUCUAAGCUUAUUAAGUUAUUGUAAGCAUGGACCCUAGCUUU